GUGCAUUCCAGGGAAAAGGAAGAUAAAAACAGCAGCACGGUCGCAAGGGGAAGACAAAGACCCGGGAUUCGGUGCAGUGCAUGGCUAAAAUGAUGCGAGUCCGAAAAAUGUGCUUUUCUGUAGAAUAAAUUGCGCGUCUGGCAUUUUGCAACCAAAUGUGAAAAGUGUGAUCGCAACAGGGGGACGGAGCUAAAAGUCUUCGGAUCGUAUUACAACCUUUCAGAGUUUUCAUGUGAAGUUUUUUCCUCCCAAAAAGUGGGGGAUGGUGAAUGUUUCGCUCACUCACAACGUUAAAAACAGUUCAAGAAGAGGAGCAUCGUGUGCAUUUACAUUCAGUUUUUAUUUUUUAUAUUAACUGAGCAUAAGUGAAUACACUGUUAAAACUAUCAAAGGGAUAACGGAAAAUGCAGGAAUUGGGACGUGCAGGAAGCUGUACAAGUCGUCGGUCUGACUGAAAGAAAAUGUAAUAUUCUUUACGGGGUGAACCGCUGGAACGAGCAACUUUGCCCAUUCGCGCUAAAGAAUCAACGCAGAUUAGCAGAAAUCGCAAAGUUUUGAAUAUCGCGGAUACGAAGUUGCCUCGCCGGAGUCCCAAGAUGUCUCCCCGGAGCUGCUCCUUUGUUGGAACAUUUGCGAUGAUGUGGGUAUUGGCUGCCUGCGUUUUGGUCACCCAUUCGGCAAUAGCCCAGAAAAACGAAACCAUUUUCAUCGAUCACUGUAAGAAAACCUCAACCUGCGAGGUGCUCAAAUACAACACAUGUCUCGGAUCUCCGCUGCCGUACACGCACACGUCUCUGAUCCUCGCCGAGGACUCGGACUCCCAAGAAGAAGUUCUGGAGAAGUUAGCCAUGUGGUCCGGCCUGCGUAACGCCCCCCGCUGUUGGGCUGUUGUUCAGCCUCUGCUGUGCGCCGUCUACAUGCCCAAAUGUGAGGGUGGAAAGGUGGAGCUUCCCAGCCAGAGCCUGUGCCAGGCCACACGGGUGCCCUGUGCCAUCGUGGAACAGGAACGUGGCUGGCCCAACUUUCUCAAGUGUUCCAAAUUCCCCGUGGGCUGCCAGACCGAGGUGCAGAAGAUAAAGUUCAACACAUCUGGCAACUGCGAGGCGCCGCUGGUGAAAACGGACAACCAGAAGAGCUGGUACAAGAACGUGGAAGGAUGUGGGAUCCAGUGCAACAACCCGCUGUUCACCGACGAGGAGCACGCUGACAUGCACGUCUACAUCGCUGCCUUUGGCUCCAUCACACUCUUCUGCACCUUCUUCACACUGGCCACCUUCCUAGCAGACUGGAAGAAUUCCAACCGGUACCCUGCUGUCAUCUUGUUCUACGUGAAUGCCUGCUUCUUCGCCGGGAGUAUCGGCUGGCUGGCACAGUUUAUGGAUGGAGCCCGGAAGGAGAUUGUGUGCAAGAGCGACGACACCAUGCGACUGGGAGAGCCUUCGUCCACGGAGACGCUGUCAUGUGUCAUCAUCUUUGUCAUCGUUUACUACUCGCUCAUGUCCGGAGUCAUCUGGUUUGUCAUGCUCACCUACGCCUGGCACACAUCCUUCAAGGCCCUGGGCACGACGCAUCAACCACUGACAGGAAAGACCUCCUACUUCCAUCUGGUCACCUGGUCCAUCCCAUUCGUUCUUACUGUGGCCAUAUUGGCCAUUGCAGAGGUUGAUGGAGACUCAGUCAGUGGGAUUUGCUUUGUUGGCUACAAGAAUUACUUCUACAGGGCUGGAUUUGUGUUGGCUCCAAUAGGCCUAGUUCUCAUCAUCGGCGGCUAUUUUCUCAUACGAGGUGUAAUGACCUUGUUUUCCAUUAAGAGUAAACACCCCGGACUUCUCAGUGAAAAGGCAGCAAGCAAGAUCAAUGAAACCAUGUUACGUCUGGGGAUAUUUGGAUUCCUCGCUUUUGGUUUUGUCUUUAUCACUUUUGGCUGCCAUUUCUAUGACUUUUUCAACCAGGAAGAGUGGGAGAGGAGCUUCAGAGAAUAUGUGCUCUGUGAGGCCAACGUAACCAUUGCUCAUCAGACCAACAAGCCAGCCCCACAGUGCGCCAUUAAGAACAAGCCCAGCCUGCUGGUGGAGAAGAUCAAUCUCUUUGCCAUGUUCGGCACAGGCAUCGUCAUGAGCACCUGGGUAUGGACUAAAGCCACCCUACUAAUCUGGAAACGUACCUGGUGCAGGAUCAUUGGGCGCAGUGACGACGAGCCGAAGCGUAUUAAAAAGAGCAAGAUGAUCGCCAAGGCCUUCUCCAAGCGCAAGGAGCUCCACAAGGACCCGGAGAAGGAGCUGUCCUUCAGCAUGCACACCGUCUCCCACGACGGCCCCGUGGCCGGAAUUAACUUCGACUUGAACGAGCCUUCUGCGGACAUGUCCUCGGCAUGGGCCCAGCAUGUGACAAAGAUGGUGGCCAGGCGGGGAGCCAUCCUACCCCAGGACAUCUCCAUUACCCCUGCCGGAACACCAGUGCCACCGGAAAAUGACAACAAGAACCACCUUUGGAUGGUGGAGGCGGAGAUCUCCCCCGAGCUGCUUAAGAAGAAGAGGAGGAAGAAGAAGAAGAAGAGGGAGGCGCGCCUGCAGGAUCCCGCGGUGGAGGCACCUGGAGGCAGCUUUCGGGCAGAGGGAGGCUUCAGCACGGUGCCACGCCUGCCCAAGUUGCUGGGCAACAGGAGCCUGGUGGCCAGCAUGCCGGAACAGAAACGGGAAGAGGUCCUCCCUGGAUCCUUUCCAGAAUAUAGGUCCUAUCCUUUGCCAUUCCAGGAGCGGUAUGGUGAUCUGGGCCACCGCAUGCUCUUCGACACCCCCGGACCCUCAAACCCCUCAGAGAGGGGCGGAGUCCACUUCUCCCGCCUACCCCAGCAGCAGAAGGGUGAGUUCUACCACACUGGGGAGGUGGAGCCAGCGGCCGUGGGGCCUAGGAGAGGUGCGUACAUGCCCAGGACUCAGGGCAGAAGAGCUGAGCUUGUACCCAUUCACUCCAGGACCAACCUCAUGGACGCCGAGCUGAUGGACGCCGAUUCAGAUUUUUGAGGCGUCUGCGAAUCCUGUAAGCAAGAAGUGCUGGUUACUUUAAGACUUACAGAUCUGACCUUCCAGCAGCCCCUUGGAGGGAGAAAGCUUAUCAUUAGCAAAGUACAGGCUAGUCACCCUUUGAGUGGAGGACAGGACAGGUUGCAGGUAACUUCGCCGGGCAACAGGGUUCGUCAGUUUAGUUAUUGGGUCCAAUUGUCUUCCAGGAGGCUGGCAAAACGGCCGCAACAUCUUGAGAACUUCUCAUAAUUUGCAUUUAAGUACAGGGCUACGUCAGUGGGUGACAUUGUACGUUAGUUGCUCUUGGAAACAAUUCAUGGGAAUACAAGAGGGUAGCUGUAGCCGUCAUGCAUGAAUUGCCCGCAGUGAUUAAGAAAAAUAAAUAAAUCAGUGCUCAUCUUUGACCAAUUUAUGUCUGCCCAGUCUGCUUGUCCAGCAAGGGACUGUGCACUGCAGCUCCUCCCAUUUGCUCACAAGGUCCGUCAGCAUUCGGAAAUCAAAGUCAACCGGACUUAUUUGAUUUCUGUAAACAAUUGCCUGAUGCAGAGGAGAAAAAAAUGUUGAUCUUACGUCUUGGAUUUAGAAAGGGAUUGAAAGGGGAUGAGGGAUCGAGUGUUACUUUAUCUUAAAACUCAUCGUGCACGUCUUGGUUCAUGUCCGUUUCUUGUUAAAAGAUGUCAUUAUUAUUGCUGUCUUCAUGUUACAGUAGAGAUUAGUCGGCUCGGACUUUCAACCAUUCUUUAUAUCUGUAGAAUUUGCAAGAAUGAUACGCAGGAUGCAGAGUUUCUGGGUUUAAAGUUAUUGACUUGUUGACCUCCGGGCAGGUCGGUGAGAGCACAUUGACAUUUGCAUCAGCUUGUAGCGACCUGGAUGUCGCGUUGCGUGUAUUACAGCGGUCUUGUCAUGUUUUUAGUGCUUGUUCCACCCCCCCCCCCCUCCAUGAAAACAAGCAGGGGACUUCUCCACUGAGCCCAUACCUUUCUGUAAACAGUGUGACUAACGGUUUGAUGGUAUAUAACUGCCUGUAAAGAGGAAGAGAUGAGGCGUCUUAAAUUCGUGCCGCCAAGACCGUGACUGAAAAACGACGGCUGGGCAGUCUGGUUGGAUAGGUGGUCUUUGAGAAGCGCAGCAUGGGAGCGUGUUUGGGUUGGAAGGGUGCAGAAGGCCAGUGGUGAACCUCUGUGGUUUUUUUUUUUGGGGGGGGGGGUCCUUAGGGCACUUUCACCGCAGUGCGUGUGUCUGUGUCCUCCUCCUCCUCCCUCCUUCAUUUCUAGUGGAACAAGCUGCGUUAUACCACAGAUAUGGACAAAUUGUCAGUGGUCUGUAUAAUAAUCUGAGAAACCUUAGAAAUCUGAGGGUUUUUAUAUAUCAUGAAAUGUAUGAUCACAUUUCUGGCUGAUGGAAUUAGUCAGAAUUCUGUAUUUUGUUAAGAAGGACAUAGGAACGCUUCUACAAGACCGGCUAUGUGGGCCUUCAACUGAAAGUGUCACUGGCUGUUGUUUUAUUCUGGAGAGAUACACAAAGGAAAGGUUGUGGUAUUUAAUGGAGGCUGGAUUCAGGUUAGAGACCUAGUGUGUAAUAAUGUGCUUUUGAAAACCGCACAUGCAACCGCAGAAAAAUAUGGCAGCUCAAGCAGAUUAAAUUUUCAGGCAUUUUUAUGCUGUCGUGAAAAACGACUCCAAGGAUUUGUCUGAAUACGAAAUCCAAGUCACUGUUACUGUAAAUUUAACUACUUUCAGCUCUUCUUGUUCUUAGGCUGUUCCGUCUAUGGCGUCAUGUUUAAAAAUUGUAUACAGUAUUCAAGAGUCUAUCAAGCAGCCAUAUUUUUGUAUUUGUAAAUAAAGAUGUUAAACCUA